CGUGACUUACACAAACUGCGAACCUCGUGUUUCUGCUUCCUAUUUACUAAAUGGUUAAAACCGGUUAUACUCAGUAACUUUUGUAUAGAUAAACAGAUGAUUUAAUUGUUUUUUAAAGGCCAAAAUGGCCCAAAGGCACCGGGCGCUGCCGACAUGGAUGUCGAAGAAGGAAGAGAAAGUGAAAGAGAAGGAGCCUCUGAAGAGCAAGAGAAAACGGAAAACUGCAAGGGCUGUUUUCUACUGUAUGAACGAACAGGAGCUGGUGGAGGCAGCUGUCUCAUAUUUUACCAAUGGAGCCUGCGACGACGGUGCUCUCCCCACUGACCAAAAGGUGGAAGACAAGGAAGUAGACACCACAGUGAAAAUGAGGAAGAGCCCUGCCAUCUUAAAGACGACGGUGAAGCCUGUGAUUAUAGAGGAGUCCUCAGACAGCGGGGACGCCCUGGACUCAACGUAUGUUUCAGAAACUGACAUGGACAUCACAGAGGUGGAAACAUUGCCGUACACAAAGGGCGAGCAGCAUCAGGGAGCUGAGGGUCAGAGGUCAGGACCAGUACAGGAUCACAGCAUUCAUGUGAAUGUUGAACUGGAUGCUGAAGAAAAAGAGGAGCACUCACAGGUGCUGGCAGAAGUAGCGGAGGAGGAGGAGGAGGAGGAUGAAGAUGAUGAUGAUGCCCUACGUCUUGUGCGAGACAUUUUUUUCACCUGAUGAUGAACUGUAUCAGAAAACCACAGAAAUGUGCACACUAAAAUAUUGUCUUAUAGGGGAAUGCCUGCCACAUUACAGAUUCACUAGACAGUCCAAGCAGAACUUGUAGAUGCACACAUCAGGUCGUCCAUAAAACUACACAAUGGAGAACGUGUCCUUUAACUGGUGCCACUGGGAUGUUGAGCUAGGGCUCAGCUUCUUAAACUGUGGAUGAAAAACAUUUCUAUGUAAAAAGUUGUACUGCUGCUACAAAUCUUACAUUACUGUAUUGUCUGAAUUAACCAUCUGCAGGAGCACUGAUAUAAUAGCCAUUACAUGGAAAUUGCAAUCCCUCAAAAAAGCAUGGAAUUUCAAACUUUUACUUGAACUACAUUCAUGAAUAAGAACAUUUAAGUGAAAACUUUAACCAGAGCCGGAACUUUAACCAGAGCCGGAACAUUUGAUGUUGAGAUAAGUAAAAGAGCAGAUUCUUUGGUAUUGUAAGUGAAACUGUAAUCAGCUGUGGUCAUGUCACAGUAUGGCCACAGAGCGUUAGUGGUUAGAGGACCUUUGCUUUCUGACGUUUCCAUGAACAAACCACUAAAUAUUUUAAAUUGAGUUCUGACGAUCUUACUUAGCACUACACUACCUGGGGCCCUUUGCACAAACAGAAACAUACUGUAUCUUUGUCAGUGAAUACGCUCCAGAUUUCCUCUAAAUGACACCACAAAUGAAAUUCAUGACGCUCAUACUUAAAUAGGAUUUGAUAUGUUCUUGAUUUUGCAGGGUUUUUUUCACUUAAUUAAAAGACAAAGUAGCA